AUGUCUCUUGCACCGAACACCGGCUCGGUGGAGCUGACCGCCUACAGCGCGCAUGCGUCCCGCCUGCUCGCAAGAGGCGAGCGGAUCGACAAGCGCGCCUUCGACGAAUAUCGCCUACCCACCAUUGUGCGCGAAGAGCGCUUUGGCGGUCCUGCCGUGGCUAGUGCGGCGGGCGGAAGCCCGCAGGGCCCCGUGAGCGGCAGCAUGGCCAGCACCAGUGCCGUGCCCGAUGGCAAAAACCUUGCUGCCAUCAUGUACACGGACGCGUACGGGACAUGCAUUCAGUGCACUGUGCAAGGUCUGCUGGGACCUCCUCGCCCAGAGCAGCCUGCGGCCGGCCGGCUCAAUGUGCAUGUUGAGGCACCGUUUGUCGAGCACUUGAGUGGCGGUGCAGCAAGCACCAACUACCGCUCCUUUCAGUACAUGAUUGCGAGCGGCAACGCCGAUCUGCCGCUACGGCAGCUGGAGGGCCACAUUGGCACCGUACUGGACGGCUGCUUUGAUUUGAGUCAGCUAAGCAUCUACGAGGGCGAGGCGUGCUGGGUGCUGAAGGUGAGCGUCCUUCUCUUGAGCUUUGACGGCGGGCUGCGCGCCGGCAGUCUCCACGCAGUCCUCGCUGCGCUCCAUAAAUUGCACCUGCCGCGGACGCGACUGCCCAAUGGCGACGUUAUCGAGGGACGCCAGGUGCAGCUUUCCUGCAUGCCGGUGGCGUGCACCUUCGGGUUCUUGGCGGGCGCGCAAGUGCGGCUCGUGGCAGACACCACGGCCAUCGAGGAGCAUGUUGCGGACGGCCUGAUCACAGUGGCUGUGAACGAGACGGAACGUAUUGUUAGCGUGCACCACACCGGCCGUUGCCCGUUGCUUGCGCAGGCGCUGGCGGCCGCCUCUCAGCAGUGGACAGCGGCCUCUGGAGCAAUGCGCAAGGCUCUGUACGGAUAG